CAUGCAGAUGCCCGGAAGAGCUUAUGAAACCUACGGACAACCAGUGCGUCCUCUGCAUCCGGACUAUGCCACUUCGUCCAAACCGAGCGCGGGGAAAUCCUUCACGAUCGACGCUCUGCUCGCGAGGCCCGACCACACGGAGAGAGACAGGACAGGCGCGUAUCGGAACGUAUCCAACCAAGCGCCGGUCUCGAGCUCCGCCGUCCCGUACGCGGCACAGGUGUAUUCGCAAAUGCCGCACUUCGCGUACAACCAGAGUAUCAUGCACACGCACGCCGGGUAUCCCGUCUUCUGCUACCCGCCUUACGGCUACCAGACAACGUGUCGUGGAGCUGUGUACGCGCAAGAUGCCGUACUGGCCAAAGCAGCGGUCCACUCUCACUACAAACACAAAGCCGGAAAAUCAAAGCGAAUGCGCACAAGUUUUACCAACGAGCAGCUGUCCAGACUGGAGAAGGAGUUCGCAAGGCAGCAGUACAUGGUGGGAUCAGAGCGCUUCCUCCUGGCAUCUGCUCUCCAGCUCACAGAAGCACAGGUUAAAGUUUGGUUCCAGAACAGACGCAUCAAGUGGAGAAAACAAAGUCUUGAGCAACAGCAAGCCAAACUAGCCAAACUGGGGCUUGCUGUGCCGACGAAAAGCCCCGGAUCCCAGGGAAGAGAGGAUGAGGAGAGAGAUUUCACAGAAGAGUCUGAUGUAGACAUUGACAUCGACGAUUCACUUCAAGACUGA